CUCCUCAACCUACGCAUGCGCAGAGGCCCUGUGUCACAGCAGAAGCAGUCAGGAGAAGCAGACGCCGACAGGGACACGGGGACUGUCGUUGUUUAUUUCACACAAGACAAACUUUCCUCAACAAUGUCGGGAUUUGAAAGCAACCCCUUCGCUGACCCCGUGGACGUUAAUCCCUUUCAGGAUGCCUCCAUCACACAAGCCACCAGUGGAGCCACUGAAAACGUGGGGGAGUUCAACCCCUUUGUUGCUGAUGUGGGAACCAAUUCUGGUAAGACCAUCCCCAUCUCUGCUGCCUCCUCACAACCGGCCGUCCUUCAGACCUCGAUGGAGCAGAGUGCACAAGCAAAUGCAGCUGCUGGCCAGGCUAGCCUGAUCAAACAGCAGGAGGAGCUGGAGAGGAAAGCAGCCGACCUGGAGCGGAGAGAGCAGGAGCUGCAGAACAGGAAUGGAGGCAUAACGAGCACUGGCGAAAAACAGAACAACUGGCCCCCUCUACCCGGUUUCUCCCCCGUGAAGCCGUGUUUCUAUCAGGACUUUGAGGAGGACAUCCCAGAGGAAUACCGCAGGAUCUGCAAGAGAAUGUACUACCUCUGGAUGUUCCACAGUGCCACCCUCUUCCUCAACGUGCUGGCCUGUCUGGCAUACUUCACUGCAGACUCCGCGAGUGGUGUUGACUUUGGUCUCGCCAUCCUCUGGUUCAUCCUCUUCACCCCCGUGUCCUUCAUCUGCUGGUACAGGCCCGUAUACAAGGCCUUCAGGUCGGACAGCUCCUUCAGCUUCUUCUUCUUCUUUUUUGUCUUUUUCUUCCAAGUGGCGGUGUACGUCAUUCAGACUGUAGGGAUCCCCAGGUGGGGAAACAGUGGAUGGAUCGCAGCCAUCAGCAUGAUCCGUGUAAACUUGGCUGUGGCUGUGGUCAUGAUGGUCGUGGCUGGUUUUUUCACUGUAAACGCUAUCCUGUCUAUAAUCCUACUGAAGAUGGUCCACUCCAAGUACAGAAGGACAGGGGCCAGCUUCACCAAGGCCCAGCAGGAGUUCUCCAGCGGAGUCCUGACCAACAGAACCGUUCAGACUGCAGCAACCAGCGCUGCCAGCGCUGCUGCUCAGGGAACCUUUGGAAAUUAGACUGUUUUCCACUUCCUCAGUGCCUCAGGCUAGUCUCUGAUCUGACCAUCAUACCAGGGAGCCAUAAACCAACAUUCUUCUGUUAGUUUGGGGGAUUUGGGGGGGGGACUGAUUAUUUAAUGAACAGAGCCAGAAAACAAGUUAGGAAGAAGGAUAAUCUCCUCUCCAUAAGAUCAGCAAUGUGAUGCGGUGUUGUAAACGUCUUGGUUGUUAUUGAAUAUUUGUACAACCCUUAUCAGUACACAGCAUGUUAAUUUGUGCUGUAAUACAAUUCUGGAUGUAUUGUAGGAUUAAGACAAACUGAUGGUAAGUAUAAAGCAGGGUAGGAGAGACAAAAUUGGCAAAAUCAGACCACUAUAUAUCAUCAGGAGAGCAUUAAACAUAACAGACCAAGGAUAUAUGAGUGUGAAAUCAUGUUUUGCACAAAGCAAAAGGUGAGGUUUAGUGAAAAAUCUAUUUUAUAAAUCAUUUCAUGUUGAAAAUGCCGGCAAAGCAUGAUGGGAUUUUCAUGAUAAGACUUUUCUAUCAUGUUGGGAUGUAGAAACACACUGAAGCCUAAGAAAUUAAACUAAACACUCAGUAACGCUGGGGUGAUAUUUUAAAAUACUGGAGAUUGUUUUAUAAUCAACCAAUGAUCGAAUCACAUAAUGUUUGUUUCUAUUUUUGUCCCCACAGCAGCAUGAAGAUUGUUAUGAGUAUUAUUUUUCUGCCUUUUUAACAUUUGAACUCCGACAGUACGCUUUAUACGACCAAGUUCAGAUGUUCUAGUGACUUUCUUUGCAGGUCACUCAUCGCGUGCCAUGUAAAAUGAGACACAUCCUGUUACAUGUAAAACUGCUGAUGAACACAGUUGCUCUUUUGAUUUGUAUCUAUAGUGCUGUAUAGGCGGAGCUGGUGAUUAAUGACGGUGAAGGGAUGAAGGUUUUUUUCUUUUCUUUUUACUGUUAAAAUCUGCAAACUGAUUAAGAUGAAGUGAGGUAAACAGCUCGUCUGAGGGCAAAUGAAGAAAACUGGGAUAGCACAUUUUAUUUCAUUUUUAAUUCAUGUUGACUUUUUAAGAACACCAUUAUGUUUCCUUGGAUCCUGUUGUAAUAAAAGGGAAUGACCACUGACCAAGUUGCUGAGAUAGUAUAGAGUUUUUAUAUAUUUACAAAGAAUGAUAAUGAGCAGAAAAAACACUUUAUUUAUCUGUCAAAUAUUCAUUAUUUUGACUUUGUAUUGUUAGUUAUUACACUGCAGACAAAGUCAAGUGUUACUAGAUAGUUGCAGAUAGUUUGUAUUUCCUAGCUACUCCUACAUGUUUGUAGGUAUUAGUAUUUUCAUGUUUUUACUUGUGAAUAUAUAUACUGUCCUUUUCUAAUCCUUUGCCCCUGUAUCAAUCACAUUCUUUAGGUGUACCUCAGUGCCUUUAAGCGAGUGUAAUCUAAUGAUUUAUUUUGUGGGGAUUGACGCACAAGGCUGUCGGUUGUAAAUGUUUUGUCUCAUUUUCUUUGUCUUUAUAGAAAAUAGUUUUAUGGUGAAGUUUCCCUGUGAUCAAUUUGUAUUGAGGUUUGUUGUACAUACUGGUAUUUAAAACAUGUACUGGUCGGUUGUUUGUCAGAAAUAGGUUCUAAGUCUUAACAUUGAAUAAAGUAUGAUUUCUCUUUUCAA